AGCGUGCUAACGUAGUGUUCAUAUCUGUGGUUCACAACGCGGAAAAGAACCGAGUCCAGAGUUUUCUCCAGUGGCUGCGAACACGUCGGAGUCCGCUUCCUCCUGGAUCCGAACCUGAAACAUGUCGGCGGUGCAGCGGAUGAAGGUGGCGAACGAGCGGCACAGCAAAACCAUCACGCAGCGCGGACACGUCCAGAAGACCUCGCGGCCGGUGAAUGAUGAUAAGUCUCCGGUGGGUCCGUGGCUGCUGGCGCUCUUUGUCUUCGUGGUUUGUGGGUCAGCUAUUUUCCAGAUCAUCCAGAGCAUCAGGCAGGGCUUGUGAUGACCUUUGACCCCGGAGCAGAGCCGGUCACCUGAUGGAUGCACUGAUGCCCCUCCCCCGCUGUGACCUGUGGAGUUCUCAGUUUUAAUGUCAGUGUGUGUGUGUGUGUGUGUGUGUGUGUGUGUGUGUGUGUGUGUGUGUGUGUGUGUGUGCUGGUACCAGUGAUGCCGAUCAGAUAAGGAUUAUUGGUGGUUGUGGGUUUGUGGAGACGGUCCUGAAGACCGUUUGUCUUCAUCCUUUGCUGUGACUGCGUGCGUCCAGCGGGUUCUUCUUCUGUGGUGAUGAUCUUAAAGGGCUGUUAUGCCGUUUGUUUACUUUGAUUUUUAAUUUUCUUUAUCCUCGCUCGCUAGGCAGUUUCUUACUAAUGGCCGGUCACAUAAUCUGUGUCCUGACGUUGUGUCAGCGUGUCUCACUGGCGGUUUAGACACUCAUCGCGGUCACGCUGCAGAUAUUUAACAGCUUCACGUCCUCGUCAAACCCAUUUAAAGACAAGUUGUUUUCUGAACUGGUUGAGCAACAAGUUUACAGCAUGAAACCGGUUUGGUCCCGUCUGACUGGUAGAACGGCUGUCCACCCGUUUAAACAGUAACCCGCCAUCUGAUCAUCUUAAAUGGCUGGUUAACAGUUUCCGACUCAUUUCCUUUUUUAACUUAUGUCCUUCCGUUUGUUAUUUCUUUAUCUUCAGAUGAGCGGAGCGCGUUUUCAGACGCUUGGCGCCAUCAGCUGGUUCAGGUUUAUUCUGAUGAUUGUGGCACAAACGUUAAUCUGGACAAUUCUUAGUCCUGAUCAGAAACCUUCAGGAUCAUCUGAGAAUUUAGAUCAAGAGUUGACAUUAACUUUAAGUCUUAAUUUAAAUCAGAAUCGUGAUCAGAGUGGAAUUAAAACAUGUCAGGAACAACAUUUAAACAGCAGCUGAAUUCAGACUUUUUGGAUUAAUUUCCUGUUGCUCUGGAAUAAAACCUGGAUUAUACAGAACAGAGUAUUUGAGCCAGAAUAAAUAAAUCUGAAUUUGGAUUAAUUCUGGAAAAUUUUCAGUGUUUGGUGAAGGGAUGUGAUCAGUGAGUGCUGCAGUAUUUGUUCUGUGGGGAUGAUGGCAGAGUUUCUGUCUCAGUGAACUUUAUUAAGGAAGAGCGAGUGUUGACAGGAACCUUCUCAGCACAUCGUACAAUUACACGAGGCCGGUGCCACAAGAUGUAACGUCGUCUUUUUACUCAGGCAGACGGUUCCUGAGUUGAAUUAAAAUCAAUUUAUUUGAAAUGUUUUUUUUUCUACCUUUGAUUUCACAUGAAUUUUCUGGUUCAGUGUAUGAAUUCAGAUCAUUUCUAGGCAGAUUGAAUUGUGAUUAAUUCCUGGAAAUGUGUAAUGAGUUGAUUUAUUUUAAAUUAUUUUGCAUCUGUAAUGGUUUGACUUUGAGGAGAAUCAGACUUUUGUUAAUAAAACUGUAACAGUUGAAUUUUUUAACUGUCCACAUUUCAUUUAUUAAAAUGUUUUGGACUGUGAGAACAAAGUGAUGUUAAAAAAGAAAAAUCAAACUGUGAACUUGACAUUGUUUUUGGCCCAUGUACUCUGUCAUGAAGAAAAAGGACCUUUGUUACAUCGUGAUGACAUCAUUAUGACUCAGAUCUGCCCCCUGGAUGACACCCUGUGAAUUUUCUACAAAAAUAAACCAGAUAUAUUUCUUUAAA